AUGUCUUUUGUAUCUAACUUGUUUAAGAGAAACUCUGUUUACGUCGCCACUAUUUUCGGUGGUGCCUUUGUCUUCCAGGGCUUUUUCGAUGUUGCCGUCACCAACUGGUACGAAAACCACAACAAGGGUAAGUUGUGGAAGGAUAUCAAGGGUAACCUUGGUGCUUCUGAAGAUGACGAAGAUGACGAAUAAGCGCAUUUGCACAGAAUAGAACAAAAAAAAAACGUAUAAAAGAAACUAAUCUAAAGUAGCUCAAACCACUGAUUGCCGUCGUACAAAGAGGUAUAUAUAUUUAAUAUCAGGUUAUAUUGAUCUUGUAA